AAGGAUGUUUGGAAGUUUGGAUAACCAACAAAUUAGUUGUCAAAUAAGUAAAUUUUGAAGCAAUUAAGUAGCCUGAAAAUAAAGCUUUAAAUCGUUAAUUGAAUCAUCUCAUUCAUUAUAAUGUCACCAUUGGAUAAUUAUCCAUGGAAGGGUACAUUCUUCCAGGAGGACUUCAGCAUUGAUCAAUGUUUGACAAAACUUACCCAAAAAGCUAAUCUAGAGACUCUAAAAUCAUUCCUGAAAAAUUAUGGGGAUGAGCUGCAUCGACAAAUGGCUGAAAUAUUGAAAACGGAAACUGAAGCAAUAGUAAAUUUAGCUGAAUAUUUAACGAAUUUGAAUUUUAAAAUAGAUGGUUUAUCAAUAUCCCUUUCUCAGUUACAAGAGGAACUGAAGAUUCUGCACACGUUAAUAAAAAAUGCCGAGAUGGAUUAUAGGAAGACUUUAGAGAACAAAAAAAUGAAUGAAACUCGGAAGAACCAUCUGAUAGCUAAAUUGAACUUUUUAUCAAUAUCUUUGUAUGUUGAUAAUAUAAUUCGAAAUAUAAAUGAU